AAUAACGGGGUGUGUCCCGGGACAGCCUCAAAAGUAGCGGCUUUGCGCUCAGCUGCCACGCCGUCUCGACGCCUCACUGCCUCCCCCCACCCAGCCUUGCAGCAAGAAGCGUUUGUUUCACAGAACAACUUUCAGGAUCGAAUGGCAGACCACCCAGAGUUUGAGCGGGCUGGAAAGAAGCAGGGCCUCCAGGUGUGGCGGGUGGAGAACUUUGACCUUGUGGCUGUUCCUGAGAACCUGUGUGGAGGAUUUUACACAGGUGACGCAUACAUCAUCCUCAACACCAUCAAGCAACGCUCAGGAAACCUGCAGUAUGACCUCCAUUUCUGGUUGGGUGAUUUCUGCACCCAGGAUGAGAGCGGCUCAGCGGCCAUGUUCACGGUCCAAAUGGAUGACUUCCUGGGAGGAAAACCCAUUCAGUAUCGGGAAGUCCAGGGACAUGAGUCCAAAACCUUUCUUGGCUACUUCAAGUCUGGGAUCAAGUACAUGAAAGGAGGUGUGGCAUCAGGGUUCAAGCAUGUCGUCACCAAUGAGGUGGUUGUACAGAGAAUGCUCCAGGUUAAAGGUCGCCGUGUUGUCAGGGCAACAGAGGUGCCAGUUAGCUGGGAUAGCUUCAACCAAGGAGACUGUUUCAUUCUGGACUUAGGAGCUGAGAUUUAUCAGUGGUGCGGUUCCCAGAGUAACCGCUUUGAGAAGCUGAAGGCCACACAGGUUGCUAAGGGGAUCCGUGACAAUGAGCGCAGUGGGAGGGCCCGCGUCUAUGUCUGUGAUGAGGGUAUGGAGAGAGAGAAGAUGAUAGAGGUUUUAGGAGAAAAACCAGAUCUGCCACUCGGAGCCUCUGAUGAUAUCAAGGCUGAUGCUUCCAACAGGAAGAAGGCCAAACUCUACAAGGUGUCCAAUGCCAGUGGAGGUAUGACUAUUACACUGGUGGCCGAGGAGAACCCAUUCCCCCAAAGUGCCCUGGAGACUGGUGACUGUUUCAUUUUGGACCACGGAUCUGACGGCAAGAUCUAUGUAUGGAAAGGUCAAGACGCCAACAUAGAUGAGCGAAAGGCGUCAAUGAAGGCUGCUGAGGAGUUCAUAAAUAAGAUGGGCUACCCCAAACACACUCAAGUGCAGAUCCUGCCAGAGAUGGGCGAGACUCCGCUCUUCAAGCAAUUCUUCAAAAAUUGGAGGGACAAAGAUCAGACCGUGGGCCUGGGUGUGGCCUACAUCGCUAACAGCAUCGCCAAGAUCGAGAAGGUGCCCUUCGACGCCGCUUGUCUGCACGACUCCCCCGCCAUGGCCGCCCAGCACGGCAUGGUGGAUGACGGCACUGGAGAGAAACAGAUCUGGCGUAUUGAGGGAUCUGACAAAGUGCCAGUAGAACCGUCUACAUAUGGGCAGUUCUUUGGUGGAGACAGUUACAUCAUCCAGUAUAACUACCAUCAUGGAGGACGUCACGGACAUAUCAUCUACAUGUGGCAGGGCAUGGACUCCAGCCAGGAUGAAAUUGGGGCUUGCGCAAUCCUCAGCGCCCAGCUGGAUGACGAGCUUGGCGGCGGUCCUGUCCAGGUUGUUGGUGCUCCUAUAACCACUCAGGUGAGGGUGGUGCAGGGUAAGGAGCCGGCCCACCUGAUGAGUCUAUUUGGAGGACAGCCCAUGGUGAUCUACAAGGGUGGGACGUCCAGGGAAGGAGGUCAGUCAGCUCCUGCAGAGACUCGCCUCUUCCAGGUGCGCUCCAACUCCGCCGGACACACCAGAGCUGUGGAGGUUGAUGCAGUGGCAGCCAACCUGAACUCCAAUGAUGCUUUUAUUCUGGUGAGCCCUGGAGGUUCCUUCCUGUGGGUGGGAGUGGGUUCCAGUGACACUGAGAAGGCAGGAGCCCAGCAACUGUGUGACAUCUUGGGAGUGACGCCCUCCGAGCUACCUGAGGGAGGGGAGGCAGGUCACUUCUGGGACGCUCUUGGAGGAAAGACUGAAUAUCGCACUUCUACCAGACUUAAGGACAAAAUGGACGCCCAUCCACCUAGACUCUUUGCCUGCUCCAACAAGACUGGAAACUUCAUUAUUGAAGAGGUACCUGGAGAGAUGACCCAGGAUGACCUCGCCACUGAUGAUGUCAUGCUACUCGACACCUGGGAGCAGGUGUUUGUCUGGAUCGGCAAUGAGGCCCAAGAGGAAGAGAAGACUGAAGCAAUGGCAUCUGCGGUGCGUUACAUCGAGACCGACCCCGCUAACAGAGACCGCAGGACACCCAUCGUGAAGAUCAAGCAGUGCUUUGAGCCGCCCACUUUCACUGGCUGGUUCCUGGGCUGGGACCACGACUAUUGGACCAGCGACCCCCUGGAGCGGGCCAUGGCCGAACUGGCCCUGUGAGCUCCCACCUGGUCCCCCCUACACACCGGACAUCCAACCAGCACCCGACACUUAGCCGCCUCUGCAAGCACAAGACUGUUUUUGUUUUUAGCUGCCAGUAUGCCUUGAGACUUACGUAGCUAUGGUAAAAAAAAAAAAAAAAAAAAAGGUUUUUGCUCCAGAGUGCUAACUUCAUUCUCUUUUAAAACCAAAUAAUCGCUGCAAAUCUUUUUACAAACUAUCUUCAUGCAAGGUUUUUGUUCAAAUGCAAUACACAUUUAAAAAAAAACAAAAAACAUAUUUUCUAAUUGGACACAUGCCUAGACACAGCAAGCAAGGGAAUAAAAUGCCUUAAUUUUGUAGUUUAUUUUAUCCUUUUAGUUUUUAAUGGUACUACGCCCAUUGCUUAGGAUUAUGGAUGUUUUUAUUAUGGAAGUGGCGUGCAUGCCAUAUUUAUUAUUUGAUCAGCAUUGCUGCUUUUUGCUGCUGCUAAAACUUGUCCAUGUUUUACUGUUGACAGUUUUCCUACACCUUACCAUCACAAUAAAAUCCAAUUAAAAGGUG